GACAUUUCAUUUUUAUUUUGUUGAAAAAAGAAUGGUGCGCCUUCGUAGUGCUAAACUUUAAAUGCAAUUUUCUAAAAUAAUUAACUACAAUCGGCAUUAACUUUAAUAACUAAUAUAUAAACAAUUAUUAAUAGUUUAUUAAUAACAAUUCAGAUCUCGUUGGUUUAUCCACCAUUUCUCAAGGCCAUUUAACAUAGCCUACAAAAAAAAAAAAAACAACAAUGUCUGCAUUUACCGAAUCGGCAUUGUUAAAAAAACUCCAAGAAUUAAAUUCUAGCCAACAGAGUAUUCAAACAUUGUCUCUGUGGCUAAUUCAUCAUCGAAAACACCAUCAAGCAAUUAUUAAAACAUGGUACAGAGAAUUACAAAAUGUCCCCGAAUCAAAAAAACUAACCUUUAUGUAUCUUGCCAACGAUGUUAUACAAAAUAGCAAAAAGAAAGGUCCCGAAUAUGGUCGAGAAUUCGGAGUUGUUCUCCAAAAAGUCUUUGCUUACAUUGGAGAGAAUUGUAGCAAUGACAAACUCUUUGGUAGUUUGGGUAGAAUUUUAAAUAUUUGGGAAGAACGUGGUGUUUAUGAUAAUAAGCUUAUUGCUGAUUAUAGAGCCAAGUUAAAUAAAGUUUCUGAACCAAAAGAAUCAGCUCCUCCAACCAAAGAGAAAGAUAAAGAAAAGAAACUUAAAAGAACACGAUCAAACUCUGGUUCCGAUAAAAAAGAAAAAGUUGCAAAACCCGAGGAAGGCAAUGGAGUAGUUACAGAAAUUGAUUUAAGUCCACAUUUGCCACUUGGCGAUCCUCCAGAACCUGAAGAGCUUAUCAAGGCUUUGAUGGAGCUGGAGAAUUCAGCUUCGAGUGAUGCAAUUGUGAGAGAGAGAAUUGCUAAUUUGCCACCGGAGAUAUCGGAAAUUACAUGUUUGGCAAAAUUGGAAGAUAAAGAUGCUGCAAAAGCAUUGGCAACGCAGGUUAAUGAAGCAGUUCAAUUAUUAAAUGAAUAUAAUACAAGACUUGCAUCGGAAAUGGAAGAGCGUACAAAAUUGACAACGAUGUUGAGGGAUUUUCAAGCCGAACAAAAAGAACUUUUAGCACAAGCUGAGGAGAGGCAUGAGGAAUAUAGUCAAAAACUGCUUAAAUUGAAGGCUGUCCAAAAAGAACUGCAUGAUCAUCUCUCUAAUCUACCCGACUUGACACAGCUCCCCGAUGUAACUGGUGGCUUAGCCCCACUUCCAUCAGCUGGUGAUCUCUUUAACAUUCAUUGAAGAAGAACAAUUGAAGAUUUUCUUUAAACAAAAAUAAUACCUUACGUAAAUUUAAAUAUAAUUAAACAAUUAAAAUUACACUUAUAAUUAAUAUACACACAUAGGGUAUACUAAAAACUUGGCAAGAUUGUCUCUGCUUACCGUUAUCUUUAUAAAUUUUUCUUUUUUUUUCAAAAUAAGUUUGAAACUUUUCGUUUUAAAAAAAUAUUAACUAAAAAAUAUUUAUGUGCUUUUUACAAUUAAAAAAAAAAAAAAAAUUGUAACAAAAUGUUAAGACUUUUUGGACAAAUCCGAAUUAAACACAAAUUAAAUCACAAAAAAAUGAUUCACAGUUUGAUUUUGAAAAACAACAAAUAUACCACAACUGCAUGUCGUAAAUGGGAAUGUUUUUUUUUUUUU